GAAUAAUUUUGAGAGAGAGUUGAUGCAUAAUAUAAAGAGCCGGUGCUGCACGCAAAAAUGCUUUUCUAUUCCUUUUUCAAAUCACUAGUUGGGAAGGAUGUUGUAGUUGAAUUAAAGAAUGAUCUGAGUAUUUGUGGAACUCUGCAUUCAGUAGACCAGUUUCUGAACAUAAAAUUGACAGACAUUACAGUGACAGAUCCAGAUAAGUACCCUCAUAUGCUAUCUGUGAAAAACUGUUUUAUUCGUGGGUCUGUUGUGCGAUAUGUUCAGCUCCCUGCUGAUGAAUGUGACACUCAGCUGUUACAAGAUGCAGCACGCAAAGAAGCUGCCCAGAACAGACAGAGGUGAUGAGAAUACAGGCCUGUGUAAACACAAGAUGAUGUAAAGAGGCAGCUUGUUGACCGUGUCUGAGCACAAGAAACUAGUGUUCAAAUAUAGCAAACAAUAACAUGAUGUACAUGUAUAGUAGGCAUGUCGUACAUACAAGUGUAUUCUUAUUCUUCAAGAGUUUCAUUUUUUCAAUGAUUACAUUUUUUUCUGGUUUUAAAAUAUAGAUAUGUCUUUACAAGGUUGGACUCAUUUCAGUUGAAUACAUAAUAACAACAGAUUGUAUGAUGUAAAUUUAUGUGUAGAAGUACUUGUACACUGUGUGUAAUAGUUCAAAAUAACUGAUGUUUUCCAGGCAUUUUUCAAGAUUUUGAUAUUUGACGUGCCAGGAAAAACGUCAGAACCGGCACCAUUAUGAAAAGUGGAAAUUUGCCGCCUCCAAUCAGAGGCCACAUUCUAGGGUCAAUUUUUGAUACAUCCAAACCGAAUUAAAUGUCUAACUCACAUCUUACUAAAAGUACAAUGCUUCUAGUACUUACAAAUAUUGCCUUUAUUUAUUUGUUUCUUUGUAAUAUUAAGUGUCUGGUAAAACAUUUUAUCAAACUUUCGAGGUUCGUUCUGAUUUCAUGCAUUUUAAAAUCUCAUGAGACCUGUAUCAAAAUAUGGAGUGAUAUUUUCUUUUAAGCAAAAUUGAUGAGAACAAGAAACAUAAUGCUAUUGAUAAGUUGUGAGUUUGACAUUUAAUUCAAUUUGCAUGUAUUGAAAAUCGGGUUCAGUUGGCGGUGGGGAAAUUUCCAAUAUCAAAAUCAUGAAAAAUGCCUGGAAAAUGUCAGAUAUUUCAGACUAUGUGUGUAAUAACUUGACAUCUUGUAGUAAAUAUAUCACCAAAAUUUUAGGUGUUUGAUGUAUAAAAAUCUUUUAUUAUCAAACACUAGUAAUGUUUGUCUUUGAUCAUAUUACAAACUAUAGUCUGCCUUCAGACACUCAUUUUAUUUUAGAAAAAUAAUUAUUUUGUAAAAAAGGCACCAGUAUGUAUGAAUUGUAUCAUUUCAGGUGAUUUUUCCGUACAUGUCUUAUAAGUAACACCUGGACUAUCAUUGUUUUGAUGUUGUAAAUCAAAUUAAAAAAAAUUAACAUUCA